AGCUUAUCUUAAAGUGUUCACAGUGUAUCAACAACGUUAAUUGAAAGUAUACAUUUUUGGUUUUCAAAAGUACACUGAUGGCUCCAUCACUCACCUCGUGGAUAGCAGUUUUCAUAUCUACAACUGUACUCAUAACCAGUUGUCAAGAUUCAUAUCUACAAAGUUCAUUUUUUACAUAUAAACCCGGGAAUGACAACAAUGAAAAAUGUCAUGUCAAAAUUGAACGCGAUGGCAUAGCACUAAUUAACAAAGGUAUUACAAUAAUGUAUAAAGACAUUAAAUUCGAUAGAGGCUAUUACGUUACAGUUGAACAUUUUUACAAAAAAAUGAUAGCCGAUAAGGAUGCUUUAAACAAAAUUAUAACAAAUCUUAGACGAGUUUUCUCAGAAGAUGAUUUACUGCUUAAAGAUGGUAGAGAAAAAUUCAAAAUAUCCGACACAUAUGAGUCAACAGCCGAACAAACUCAAUCGCUUUUAAUUUAUUUGUAUACAACUGACUCUAAAAACUCACUGUACUCUUACUUGAACAAAGUCCUCAGAGAUCACUCCGAAAACUGUAAUAGUAAAACGAUUAGUGCACGCGAGGAAUAUCUUGCGCCAUAUGCUGCAGCGCUGACAGCUACUCUUCUUCAUUGGAAAAAUCUGAAGUCAACAAAAACAACUACUUAUCGAGGCAUACGGAUAACUAUAUGUGAAACUAAUGAUCCAAUUAUUUGGUUAAGUUUCACAUCGUCAUCAAUAAGCGAAAAUGAAGCUGCUGAUUUUGGAAGGGUCACAACUUACACAAUUACUAACAACGCCGUCCAUAAUAAAUGGCGGCCUAAACUAAUUUCUGAAUAUUCAGCCAAGCCUGAACAGCAAGAGGCCCUAUAUCAUCCUGGUUCAGUUUUUAAAUUUAACAAUGUUGUCCAUAUCGGGACAAAAGUAGCAUAUGACAUAGCCUUGGCGACACCAGCAUAUCAAGUCAUUAAUUAUGAAUAUUGUCCGAGCAAUUAAGAACAAAUGCACUUAAAUGAUCCUUUAAAAAAGAUGUCUAUUAGACUUAUUCUUUUAGAUGUUUUGUUACAGUUUCCUUAAGCCUCUUUGCACAUUUGUUUAUUGAAACGCCUAUCAUUUUACUCAAAAUAUAAUAAACGUUUAAACGAACCAUAUAAAAGAAAUAUUUGCUAUAACGUUUUAUAUGGUUUUAAUUUUAUAAUUCGACCGGUAUAUAUUAGAAUAAACUUUUGUUUUACACACUU